AUGCCCCAAGUUGUGAAACGUAUUUCUCCAGAGAUUGAGACACUUUCAACAAUUGAAGGACUUAAGUUGAUUAAGCAAAAGGUAUUCCCCGAUGAAAGGGGCUUCUUCAGUGAAUCUUACAAUGCUCGUGAGUGGAAAGAGGCUUUAGGGUUUGAGGAACAUUUUCUGCAAGAUAAUCACUCAUAUUCAAAAUUUGGAGUUAUUCGAGGGUUACAUGCACAAAAAGGGAUGGGAAAACUUGUUUCUGUACUUGUUGGCUCGAUUUUUGAUGUUGCAAUAGAUGCACGUUCGGGCUCUCCAACUUUUGGUAAAUGGCAUGGUAUUGUGCUUGAUGCCAAAGAAAAGACUUCUUUCUGGAUCCCGGAUGGUUAA